AUGGAACCCUACAGACUCCCGCAUGCCUGGCUGCGCUUGCCGGCGAUUUCGUUGGACAUGGCAACCAUAAAACGUCAGGCUCCCAACGAAACCAAUGUCGGGUCUCCCACCGGGGUUUCUCAUGUUGCCUCUGACAGCAAAACAAACGACGCAGAAGACGUAAUGGCAGCAAAGAAAGUCAGCUUAAACAACGUUGGUGAUAGACCCUACAUGUGUGGAUUCUGUGGUUACGUGACAGGUAUGAAGUCUAGAUUGUCCCAACACAUGAGAACCCAUACAGGCGAAAGACCCUACAAAUGUGACCGAUGUGACUAUUCUGCAGCACAGAAAGGACAUUUGAACAUUCAUAUAGCAUUAAGACACACUGGUGAGAAACCCUACAUGUGUGGGGAGUGUGGGUACAGGACGGCUCAUAAAUCUAACUUGUCCAAACAUAUGACAAACCACACAGGUGAAAGACCCUACAAAUGUGACCGAUGUGACUAUUCUGCAGCACAGAAACUAACUUUUGACAACCAUAUAGCAGCAAGACACACAGGCGACAAACCCUUUAUGUGUGGGGAGUGUGGAUACAGGACUGACAUGGCAACAGCAGGACAUGGGUCUCACACCAAAGUGGAGCAGAACUGUUACGAUGCGUCCCUCACUGAGGUUCCGCUGGUUGACUGCGACAGCAAAACAAGCAUUGCUGAAAACCAGACAGCAGCACAAGGUAUCAAGAACUCUAGUGAGAAACACUUCACUUGUGAGGAGUCUGGCUUCAGCACAGCUCGAAAUACUAACUUUUCUGUGCAUAUGAGAACAUAUACAGGUGAGAAACCAUACAGGUGUGACCAGUGUAAUUAUUCUGCUGCACGGAAACCCACAUUAGAAGAGCAUAUUGCAGGAAAACACACCGGUGAGAAACCCUACAUGUGUGGGGAGUGUGGGUACAGGACAGCUUACAGGUCAGCCUUAUCCCAACAUAUGAGAACCCAUACUGGAGAAAAACCCUACAAGUGCGACCAGUGUGACUAUUCUGCAGCGUAUAAAUACAGUUUGAAUCGUCAUGUGACAGCAAUGCAUACUGGUGAACAACCCUACAUGUGUGACAGUUGUGGGUUCGGGACUGCUCGGAAGUUUUCUUUGUUUCAACAUAUGAGAACCCAUACAGGAGAAAAACCCUACAAGUGUGACCAGUGCGACUUUUCUGCAGCGCAGAAACCCAACCUUGACCUCCAUGUAGCAGCAAAACACACAGGUGAUAAACCCUACAUGUGCGAUGACUGUGGAUAUAGGGCAGUUCAGAGGUGUACGCUAUCCAGACAUAUGAGAACUCAUACCGGAGAAAAACCCUACAAGUGUGACCAUUGUGACUAUACUGCAGCAGGAAAGGCCACUGUUGACAACCAUAUUGCAGUAAAACACACUGGUGUGAAACCCUACAUGUGUGGGGAGUGUGGGUUCAGAACAAAUCAAAAGUCUAAGUUAUCCAGGCAUAUGAGAACUCAUACUAGGGAGAAGCCCUACAAGUGUGACCAGUGCGACUAUUCUGCUGCUGUGAAAUCCACUCUGGACAGGUAUCUAGCAAGGCACACUGGUGAGAAGCCAUACAUGUGUGGGGAGUGUGGGCACAGGACAACUCAGAAAUAUACCUUAUCCAGGCAUAUGAGAAUCCAUACUAGCGAGAAGCCCUACAAGUGUGACCUGUGCGACUAUUCGGCAGCACAGAAAUCCACUUUGGACAACCAUGUGGCAGCAAAACACGAAGGUUACAAACAAAGAAACAAAAAAAAAGAAAAAAGAAACAUCGACAUUCCCCAACACCGCUCUCUUUAA